AGUUUCUUUGACGAUGGAAAAAUUCAUGAGCGGUCGUAUCCUAUUUUGCUGGCAGCAUAAACUAAUUAGCAAGGUGGCACGGAAGCGAUAUCUAACCUCUCAAGAUCUGCAGCGAGCUCUGCACGGAGAAAUAGCGAAUCUAUUUUUUAGUGAAUUUAACAAACAGGAGUGCACUUUACAAGUUAAAGAAGAGACUGCAGCACCGGAUGAAGGAAAACCGACCCCGUUUCAAUCAGCUCUGCAGUAUAUCGAUGUAGCUUAUAGUUUAAGGCAUGUUGAAGAAUCUUGGAUCCAUCUACUCAAAGCUG